AUGGCAUCGCCAACCGGCACAGAUCUUCUCAUCCCUUUUCAGGAGGCUGCCAUCGAGGACAUACAGCCUACGUAUGACAGACUUCGGGCAUCGUACCGUUCAGGAAAGACGAAGAACAUUCAGUUCCGUCUCCAGCAGUUGCGCAAGCUCUACUGGGGCCUCACGGAUGUCGAAUCCGUCAUAUUUCAGAGUCUCUGGAAGGAUCUCCACAAGUGCCAUCACGAGGCUGUCCUGACCGAGGUGGACUGGUGCAAAAAUGAGAUCCUCUUCUUCAUCAAGAACCUGGAGAAGUUUGCCAAGGAUCAGCCCAUUGACAAUGUCCCGGCCACCUUCUGGGCCAUGAAGCACCGCAUCCGCUCGGAGCCUUACGGAACCGUACUUGUCAUAGGAGCCUUCAACUACCCGUUCAUGCUAUCCGUCCUCCCCAUGCUGGGCGCCAUUGCCGCUGGCAACACUGUGAUCGUGAAGCCCUCCGAGCACGCGCCUCACACUGCCAUGGCCAUCAAGAAGCUCUUGGAGUGUGUCGACCCGGACUGCUAUGCCGUCCUCAACGGCGCGCUCCCCGUUUCCCAGGCUGUUCUGGACCUCAAGUUCGACAAGAUCGCCUUCACCGGCUCCCGUGCUGUGGGCACCAUUGUCGCCAAGAAGGCGGCCGAGACCUUGACGCCUGUUCUGCUGGAGCUUGGAGGCCAGAACCCCGGCUUCGUCACCAAGAAUGCAGACGUCAAGCUGGCAGCCCGCCGUCUGCUUUGGGGAAAGUGCAGCAACGCAGGCCAGGUCUGUCUCUCGCAGAACUACGCCAUGGUCGAGCGCUCCGUCCUCAACCAGUUCAUCGCGGAGCUGAACGCACAGUACCGCAUCUUCUACCCCAGUGGCGCCCAGAAGAGCCCCGACUUCUGCCGCAUCAUCAACAGGCCCAGCUUCGACCGCAUCAAGGGCAUGCUUGAUUCCACCGGCGGCAAGAUUGUGAUGGGUGGCCGCACGGAUGCGGAUGACCUCUACAUUGAGCCCACUGUGGUGUUGGUCGAUGAUAUUAACGACAGCAUGAUUAUUCAUGAGAGCUUUGGGCCCAUUUGGUCCAUCGUGCCGUACGAUGAUCUCGACAAGGCGAUUGAGUUUGUCAAUGAAGUCGACGCUACACCGCUGUCCAUGUUUGCGUUUGGCAGCGAUGCCGAGACGAAGAAGAUCAUGGAUUGUGUCUCCUCGGGCGGAGCGACCAUCAACGACUCCUACACCCACGCCUCCCUGACAGUCGCCCCCUUGGGCGGCGUCGGCGCCUCCGGCCAGGGCAACUAUCACGGCAAAUACUCCUUCAAGGCGUUCAGCCACGAGCGGACCAUCGCAAAGGUCCCCGCCUGGGUCGACAAGCUGCUGCGCGUGCGCUACAUGCCGUACCAGCGCUCGGAUCUGGAGCGAUUCCGCAAGAUGCAGGCUGGCUCGGUCAACUUUGACCGCCAGGGCAACGUCACGCGUGGUCUCGGCUACUGGAUCGCUCUCGUCCUCGGCCUGGGCGGGUCGAGCGCAAAGGGCGCAGCGGUGAGGUGGGGGAUCCUGCUCACGGUUGCUGUGUCCCUUGGGCUAAGGAGGAAGACGCUAGGCCUUUGA